GCUGCGCCUUGUGCCCAUCUUGCUUACCGUGUCUGGUCAGGCAGCAGUAAUCCUUAAAGAUGGGCCACAACGACGUCUGGAACAGCCACCCUAAGGAAUACGGCCAGGGCUCGCGCUUCUGCCGUGUUUGCGGGAACAACCAUGCCAUCAUUCGCAAGUAUGGCCUGAACAUCUGCCGUCAGUGCUUCCGCGAGAAGGCCGCUGACAUUGGCUUUGUCAAGUACAAGUAAGGGCUCUGGGUCCCUCGGGUUUAGUCCGAGUUUGGUGCUUGUAAGGUCCUGAGGCGUAAGCAGUCUACACAGUCCCAAAUGCCCACGCUUUACACUCGCACAUUUUGGAGCACAGCAGUAGAGGCAGCGCACACAAUACGGCGUACAGCAUAUUGCUUUGGCAUGGCUGCUGAGCAAUGGGUUGUUGGGUUGCAUCACGUGAGCGCCAGGCAACGUGAAUGCAUAGAUUGCGCGGCUGGCUAGCCUUGUGCGACUGCAUUUGUUAGCCUGUAACGAUAACGAUCUUGUCCGGAACUUCUGCACAUCGUAUCCGUUAGGAAGACUACAGUGUGUUAAAAACACUAUCUAAUUUCAAGCGUGUGCUAGGUAUAUGCAGUACAGCGGCUUGUGAAGUUGUCCCUGUC